GUGAACUCACCUACGGGCUCGCCGGCAAGGCCUGUCUCACCCACGUGCUUCUCUCCGACGCUGUACACAGGAAACAAAGCAGCUUCUCGCUGGUGGAGGUUGAUGACUGGCAGAGAGACAGGCAUUCUGCUGCUGGGCUCCUUCGUGUUCACGUUCAGCUUGGGAAUCACUGAGGGUCCGGAGGUGGUCUUCUUCAAGGAUUAUUUUGGCUUUACCCAAAGCGACAUGUCCGAUCUUUUGCUUGUGACCAGCAUUUCAGCGUUGGUCCUAACCCCGCUGCUGCCGGCGGCCCUGAAAUACCUGGGCGAGACGCGAGGAUGCAUGGUAGGCUGCAUUGGUGUGGGCAUGACCACCCUCUUCCUAAUCCUUGGCGUGGGCAUCCAUUGGGUGCCUACAGCUGCGGCAGGCCUCUCGGUGGGGCUCUUCGGAUCCAUCUCUGGCCUGGGGUACAUGGCGCUGGUCCACUACCACGUGUCUCCGGAUCGGCUUGGCAUGUUCCUGGGCAUCAAGUCUUUCGUGGACGGAGCUGCGGGAACCCUGUCGCCUGCCGCUGGCGGUUGGAUCUACACAAGAGGACACUUCUUGCCCUAUGGCAUCACGUGCGGUCUCUGCAUCGUGACUGCAGCCAUCUUUGCCAGCCUCACGCCUUUCAACGCGAAGGUGAGAGAAAAAGCCCUGGGCCUGGAUGAGGAGGAACCAAUGCUCACCAAGGAAAUAGAGUCUGAUGAAGAGGAUGAGGUUCCCAUGGCGCAUUUCAUGUCGGAGAACCUGCAGUUCA